AAGAAGAAGAAGAUGAUAUCACUCAUCACUACCUCUGUGCAAAGCACUUUUAUUCUGAAAACAGACCGGAAGUCUCGCUGGGCUGGUGGAGCUGUAGUGUAGUAGAGGCGUAGCUCGCUAGAUCAGCUACAGGAGGAAAACAUCCACUAUGGCUGAGACCCACAGUUUACAGGACCUCCAGCAGCCAGCUGUCUCCUCCAAGGUGUUCGUCCAGAGAGACUAUGGUUCAGGAACCAUCUCCAAGUUCCAGACCAAGUUCCCCUCUGAGCUUGAGUCAAGGCUUGAUAAGCAGCAGUUUGAGGAAACCAUCCAGACUCUCAACAACUUGUAUGCAGAGGCAGAGAAACUAGGGGGGAAGUCUUAUCUGGAGGGUUGCCUGGCUUGUGUAACUGCCUACACAAUAUUCCUCUGCAUGGAGACACACUACGAAAAGGUGUUGAAGAAGAUUUCAAGGUACAUUAAGGACCAGAAUGAGAAGAUAUAUGCUCCCAGGGGUUUGCUGUUGACUGACCCCAUAGAGCGAGGCCUCAGAGUCGUUGAAAUUACCAUCUAUGAAGACAGAAGUAUUGGUUCUGGAAGAUAAAGAUCCUCGGGGCUGAUGACUCUGACCAGAUACUCUUCAUCAUCUGUCCUGCAGCACAUAUUCAGAUGUCUGCUUCUCCUGAAUGGAUGUAUAUAAUUUCGAUCUGAUCCUUUUCUCUGUUAUUUAUAAGUACUCUACUGUCUGCCUAUCCAUAUAUGUUUGUAAAUGUGUUUUCAUGUCUUUUUAUACAUGCAGUGUGGUGUAUAAAUCCUGUCCUAGUUGAUCAAGACCGGUCUUUAUGAACAGUGCCAUCGUGUUAAAUGCAACUUUUUGACCAUAGUAAAUAUAAGUGAUUUGACAUGUUUAUGUUUUUGCAAAUAAUAUAAAGUCAAAUAAUAUCUAGUCGCCAAGAACAGUUAUAAGAAAUAGAUAGGGGCAGAGUUGUUGGCCCAGUCUGUAAACAGUAAUCCUGUUAUGGGCAGUGCUCCAAAGUAUUAACAUGCAACAUGUUGUAGCCUUUGUUGAGGCGAAUGUUUUCUUAUCUGUGCAUGACUUUUUUUAAAACAUGCACAUUGGAAGAUCUGAACUGGAUUUUUUUUUUGUGACUAAAGAUUGAGCAUGUUUACUGUUUACAAAUUCAUCACAAAGUAACAGCGUGAUGUAGUAUAUUUUGAGAAAUGUCCCUCUCUGUGUCAUAGUACAAUAAUCUCCCAAAUCAUAUUUAACAAUCCUGUUCCAUGUUUCUCAUAAAAUUCACCAUCUAUACUGUGAAUGUCAUCCCCUUUUUCAUUAUCACCAAACACCACAAAAACCUUAAACACUCUCAACUCCACAGAUGAUUGCUAUUGUUGGUGUUUGAUACAGCCGGUGUACUUUUCUUACAAAUAUUGUUCUGUUUUAUCUAAAUAAAUAACCUUUUCCUGAAA